UGUAUUAGUUGAGCAGCAAAAAGCUAGCUGUUCGGACGUGUGAUCCGGUUUGUUUAAUUGUUUAUACUCAGUUUGUUCACAUUGUGUGCCUAAAAGUGGGUAAUAAUAACCUCUCGGGUGAAAUAAUCUCAAUUCAAGUGUGACUGGACAUCGCAUAAAAUGCAAGGUAAAGACACUUCUAAUUUAGACGAGGGGUACCCGACGGUUCCUAUGCAGGACACGACGCCUCGUACAGCGCCACCUCCAUAUACUUAUCACCCUCAGCUUGCAUACCCCCACCCGCCACAAGUUGCUAACACCGGGUAUCCACACCCGACCGCUGGGUACCCACAUCCUCAAGCUGGCCCGACAGUGCACCCGACGGCGCCUGGAGCCACCGUGAUCGCAGGACCGACCAUCAUCGUUCAAACAGUCGUGGGGCCAGAGUCUACCCGCACGACGUGCCGCAAUUGUAAUGCCCAGAUAUCUACAAGGAUUGACAGGAAACCGACUAUGAAGACGCAUCUCAUGGCGGCUUUACUCUGUGUACUUGGGUGCUGGUGCUGCGUGUGUGUGCCGUAUUGUAUGGACUCCUGCCUCGACGUUGACCACUACUGCCCUAAUUGCGGAACCUUUGUUGGAUCUUACGCACACUAAAGUAGCUUCAUGCUAUAGUUAAAGAAAUAUUUUCAAUGCUAUAAUAGCAUUUAUUUGUGCUCGUCGCUCAAUGGUCAAUCUCUACUUGAAGAACCUAGUAGUGAGCUUCGUACGAACAAAUUUGUCGUUUUCAGUCUUACGACAUCUCUAGUACACACAAGAGAUGGGCAUGGGGGAUGAUACAUAUCAGAAAAAUGUUACCUAACACUAACGUAUUAUUAUAUUAAGGAGUUACAAAACGUUUCCGUCUUUACCCGGCAAAAUUUCAUGGGAUAUGAACAUAAAUUAUAAGUAAAAUAAAUAUGUAGCUUAACCUUUAUUAGAGUUUUGAAUGAUUCACGGUUAGUUUCACUAGACUUAUAUUGACCGGGAUAUAGACCGUGAUUACCUUUUGUAUUAUUUGUGAGCUCCCGAUAUUUCGACGCAG